UAACUCCUGAGUUAGUUUGGAAGGUGGCGGUUAUGUGGGACAUGGAGCCCUUCUGACUGCUCGCUGCUCUCUGUGGAAUGCCCUGCUUUCAGUAGCACCCAGAAAUUUUACCUGCCUCUUCACACAUGAAACUGAUAUGAAAAUGGCCCUUGGAAAUAAGAGAUGUGGGGGUAGCCUUAAAUAUUCAGGAUCUUUAUUAUUAAUGAAUGCACUUCUGUAAGCCCUGAAAACACUGCAUUCACAAAUAUUACUGUUUUGCAUGCAAUUGCUGGGCAGCCAGAACAAGAAAUCAACUCUGCAUAGGAAUGCUACAUCUGGAAACCUGAUUUUACUCAGCUUCUGUCUUCCACUACUGCUGAGUCAUUUAUAUGGAGGUUCGACUAGAAUGCUUCUCCAGAGAAACUAAGAAAGAUGCUCUUAAUAGUAUUGAGAAUUCCAUUUAUAGAACAGCCUUCAAAUUACGAUCAGUGCAAACUCUGUGCCAGUUGGACCUGAUUGACAGCUCCCUGAUUCAGCAGGUCCUACUGUGUCCAAGUUUCUGGGAAGCUUGCAAGUGUUCCCUCUCUGUGCAGCAGCUUUCACAGGCACUCCAAGAGCUGUUUCAGAAAGCCAGGGAGGAAAAUCCCGGACAGGUACAUCCCAGAGCUUCGGAACUCACUCUGAGCCUUCUCACGACAAUGUACAACAGCACAGAAACAGGUUUUCUCCAGCUUAUGCCUGUGGCCGCUGCCCUGAUAACCCUCUCAGGAGACAGCCCUCUUACAAAAUACCGAGCUCUUUUUCAGCUCUAUGCAGAAAAUAGCAGGGGAGGUUAUGAUUCUGGGACACGCAUGACUCGAAGGGUUUUGAGAAAACUACUAGCAGAUCUACAGCAGAUCCCAACUGUCGUGGGAGAGAGUCGUGCUCUGUGCUCUGUGGAAAGUGCCACCCGCAGCUGUUUCCAAGGGGUGUUGAGCCCAGCAAUCAAAGAAGAGAAAUUCCUGUCUUGGGUGCAAUCUGAGCCUCCCAUCCUCCUGUGGCUCCCGACCUGCCACCGGUUAUCAGCUGCUGACAGGGUCACUCACCCUGUUCGGUGCAUGGUCUGCAGGACUUUCCCGAUCAAGGGACUCAGGUACCGCUGUCUGAAGUGUCUUAACUUUGACAUCUGCCAGAUGUGUUUCUUAUCUAGUCUCCACAGCAAGUCCUAUCAGAAGUCUCAUCCUGUCAUUGAGUACUGCGUACAGAUGUCAGCAAUGCAGAAUACGAAGCUUCUCUUCAGGACCCUCAGAAACAACCUUCUUCAGGGGCGCUGUAGGAAGAAAGAAGUGGUGAGAAGGCAGCACCUGCUGGACCAGAUGAAUCCAAAGGAUGUGGCUCACCAUGGACAGGCCAGGCUUCUUAAAAAACAGUUAAACCAAUACAAAGACAAGCUGCAAGCUAUAUACACCUCCCGGGAAGAAAGAAGUUGCCAAUUUGAAACAAAGAUUCACAGACUCAAAACCAACCAGGAUAGUCUAUGGACCAAGCUACAGCAGAUAAGACAGGACCUACAGGCAAGGUUGCAGCCACCCCAUCCUUCAUCUUCUUCCUUUCACGGUGUGGAGACCAAGGUUGACCAUUCUCCAACUGAAAAAGUUCCAAAGAGAGGGGAUUAUUUGCAGAUCAAGAAUGCCACCGAAGAUGGUUCAAGAUGGGAACCUGUUCCUAAUCCUGAGGAGGUUGACAGAAGUCACAGAAGUCACACAAAUGCAGAGCAUGCUCUGCAAAAUCCAAAAUCACCAGAGACCACAUUGCACAGCACCAGAGCACAAAGUCACACACAAAUGAUGCUGAAAAAAGUCAUUAGCGCCCUACCCAGUUGUCAGGAGGGACUGAAGCCAGAUACCCCCAAAAAGGCUCCUGAUGAAAUGAGCAGUCCUGCUGUGGCAGCUGUGGAAAGGAAAGAAGCAGGUAACAUCAAGGAGAGAAAGGAUGAGCUGGAGGAAGAGGAACUGCAAGAACUAUUGUCAAGACUUAUGAAUGCCUUCAAUCUAGAAAUGCCGUCAGGCCCGGAGUCUUCAGUAAACAUGGAUCUGUACAGUGGAGCUCAGCAAGUGUGCAGGGCCUUCUCUGCUCUUGUUGAUCAAAUCACCUUGCCCAGUUUGGAGUGAAAUGGAGUCCAGUCUCAAAGGCUUCUUGGUGUGAUGACAAAAUGCAGUUGCACAUCUGUAUCAAAAGGAUUAAGACUUCUACUUUUCUUUUAAUAGUUUGGUGUGAACUAUGAAGAAAAUAAGUUUUGUUUUUUGAUCUCCCUACUUAUGUAUCUUAGGUCUUCAUUUCAGAGUGAAGGUUGAGGGUUGGGGGUAAGUAGAGGAUGAAGAAGGAAAGAAGAAAUGGCAGAGUCAGAUCUCUGCAUGCAAUGGUCAUGAAUACCUCCAGAGUAACAUUCAACUGUGUAACCUCAUGGAUGCCUGCGAUGUCUUCCUCAAGUAUCAUGUAAAUUACUGAAUUGAUGGUCUAAUUUUUUAUCUUGAUGUUUCUGCUGGAGAAUAGGCUUAGCAAAGAACUAAAUACACACAAACACACACACACACACACACACACACAAUUGACUGCAUGUAAAACUGGUAACAUCUGAAUAAAUUUGGAUUAUACCAAUAUCAGUUUCCUGGUUAUAAUAUUGUGCCAUAGUUAUGCAAGAUGGUCCCAUUGGGGAAACUAUAUGAACGGCAUACAGAUGUCUCUGUAUUAUUUCUUAUAACUGUAUAUGAAUCAAGUAUCUCAAAAUAAAAAAUUU